AUGGUCACACGCACCGCACGAUUGGGUGGCAAGACAAAUGGCGCUAAGCCGAGCGGCUUGUUGUUGAACAAGAAGGGCCUCCAUAGUGUUCAUGAGGUGACAUUGGCGAACUACUCUGCGGAGUACCUUUACCUUCGUGAAAAUGAGCUGACCGAAUUUGACGCCGAAGUGACCAUGGAAAACCUUAAGGUGUUGGAUCUGUCUAUUAACGAAAUUGGUGGAACAGUGGAUUUCUUAAGCAAGACCCCGUUUUUGCGCCAUCUUUACAUGACAGGGAAUAGGGUUGAGUCUCUGCAUGGCAUUGCAAACUUUUCUUCCCUGGAGACACUGUGUCUCAGUGACAACGCCAUCAACAGCUUUGAGGGGUUAGAACGGCUUCCAAACUUGCGGGUGCUUUCCCUGAACUUUAAUAACAUAUCCUCCUUUGAGCAUUACCCGAAUCUUCCUUCACUGCAUACACUGAACCUUGUUGGGAACCCGGUGACAGAAAUUCCUUCUUACCGCAGUAUGGCCAUCGCCAUCAACAAUCCUAACCUUGUCACCAUCGACGGUAAUCCUGUCCAAGGGGAAGAGCGUGCUGCACUGGAGCAUUACCAAGGAAAGGUUGCUUACUGUAUCUGCGAAGGGUUUAUUGUUGAAGGAGAUAAUGUGGAAGAGGCCACGGAUGCUUUUCUUCUCAAACUUCAGCGUGCGAGGGAAAAGUCAAAGCAUCUACAGCUAUGCUCUAUUCGUCUCGCACCGGAGGAUGAAACUCGUAAUGUUCUCACGGAGGGAAUUCCGGUACGAUUGACAUGCU